GGGAGGAGUGGGAGCCUAGGGCCGGGAGGCGCAGACUCUGGUAACCCCGGCUGGGCGGGGAAGAGGAAGAGGAGGGGAGGGGCAGGAAGCCCCUUCCAGAGUGUAGGGUUGUGGUCCGGACCCGGAGCGGGAGCCGUAGGGAUUUUCAGCAUCACUUUCUUCUUCUCCCAGCAGGCCCCGCCCGGCCCGGCGAUGGAGUUUCCGGACCUCGGGGCUCACUGUUCCGAGCCGAGCUGUCAGCGCUUGGAUUUUCUGCCGCUCAAGUGCGACGCCUGCUCGGGCAUCUUCUGUGCAGACCAUGUGGCCUAUGCUCAGCAUCACUGUGGAUCUGCUUACCAAAAGGAUAUCCAAGUACCUGUAUGCCCACUCUGUAAUGUGCCUGUGCCUGUGGCCAGAGGGGAGCCCCCUGACCGUGCUGUGGGGGAGCACAUUGACCGAGACUGUCGCUCUGAUCCAGCACAGCAAAAACGUAAGAUCUUCACCAAUAAGUGUGAACGCACUGGCUGCCGGCAGCGGGAAAUGAUGAGACUGACCUGUGAACGCUGUGGCCGAAACUUCUGCAUCAAGCAUCGUCACCCACUGGACCAUGAUUGCUCUGGGGAGGGGCACCCAACCAGCCUGGCAGGACUUGCUGCCAUCUCCAGAGCACAAGGUCUGGCUUCUACAAGCACCAUCCCCAGCCCAAGUCGGACCUUGCCUUCAUCUACCUCUCCCAGCAGAGCCACAGCCCAGUCUCCGUCAUGGACUGCCCCUCCAGUGAUUGCUUUGCAGAAUGGCUUGAGUGAGGAUGAGGCUCUGCAGCGAGCCCUGGAAUUGUCCCUGGCAGAGACCAAACCUCAGGUCCCAAGUUCUCAGGAGGAAGAAGACUUAGCUUUAGCACAAGCACUGUCAGCCAGUGAGGCAGAGUACCGACGGCAGCAGGCCCAAAGUCGCAGCUUGAAGCCGUCCAACUGCAGCCUGUGCUAGGGCCUUGGGCUAGGGGAGGGAGGCUCAUCUGAGGAGGACUGUGGCCCUCACGUCUCUAGGGUUCACAGGGAGAGGAGGCCAGGAGCAGCCUGGAGUGAAGACAAGGAGUGACGUAGAGGCUGUUUCCAGGGAGCAUCAAGAGAAACAGCUUGUGGAACUGAGCCUACAGAAGGCCCUACUGGCCUCUCUAGCUGCGUGGGAGAGAGCAACUAUGAACUGUUCCCUGGUUGAGCCCUUGAAGGACGCUGGCUAGGCCCCACUCAACUCCCUGCAUCAUGUCAUCCUCCUUACACUGGGACUGCCCCCAUGUGUAGGGACAGGGAGGGCCCUGGGAAGAAUAAAGGAUAUUGGUAGUUAAUAA